CCCGUUCAAGGUAGGGGGAGUAGGGUAGUAGCAUUGCUGCUGUGAUACGCUCUGUGCUGCUGCUUCGAAAUGGCAGGCAUGGCGGCGGCGUUCUUGCUCGUCUUGCUGCUGCCAACAGUGGUGGUUCUUUCCAUGGAUGCCGCGGCGGCGCAUUCCGGUGGCGGAUUCGGAUUCGAGGCGACGCUUACCCACGUCGACGCGCGCGGGGGGUACACGAAGGCGGAGCUGCUGUCCCGGGCCGUUGCGCGGAGCAGAGCCCGCGUGACGGCGCUGCAGUCGCUGGCGGCGGCGAAGGCGGCGGACGCGAUCACCGCGGCGCGCAUCCUGCUGCGGUUCAGCGAGGGGGAGUACCUGAUGGACGUGGGCAUUGGCACGCCGCCGCGGUACUUCACGGCCAUGGUCGACACCGGCAGCGACCUCAUCUGGACGCAGUGCGCGCCGUGCCUGCUCUGCGUGGAGCAGCCGACGCCCUACUUCGAGCCGGCGAAGUCGCCGUCGUACGUGACGCUGGCGUGCUCCUCCCCGAUGUGCCAGGCGCUCUACUCCCCGAUGUGCUUCCAGAACGUGUGCGUCUACCAGGCCUUCUACGGCGACAGCGCGUCCACCGCCGGCGUCCUCGCGAACGAGAAGUUCACGUUCGGCACCAACACGACGCGGGUCACCGUGCCGAGGGUCACGUUCGGCUGCGGGAACAUGAACGCCGGCACGCUCUUCAACAGCUCCGGCAUGGUCGGCUUUGGCCGGGGACCGCUGUCGCUGGUGAGCCAGCUCGGCUCGCACAGGUUCUCCUACUGCCUCACCUCCUUCAUGUCGCCGGCGACGAGCCGGCUCUACUUCGGCGCGUAUGCCACGCUCAACAGCACCAACACGAGCAGCAGCGGACCGGUGCAGUCCACGCCGUUCAUCGUCAACCCGGCGCUGCCGACCAUGUACUUCCUGAACAUGACGGGCAUCAGCGUCGCCGACGAGCUGCUGCCCAUCGACCCGUCGGUGUUCGCCAUCAACGACACCGACGGCACGGGCGGGGUCGCCAUCGACUCAGGCACGAGCUUCACGUUCCUGGCGCAGCCGGCGUACGCGAUGCUGCAGGAGGCGUUCGUGGCGUGGGUCGGGCUGCCCAGGGCGAACGCCACGGCGACGGACACCUUCGACACUUGCUUCAAGUGGCCGCCGCCGCCGCGCCGGAUGGUGACGCUGCCGGAGCUGGUGCUCCACUUCGACGGGGCAGACAUGAAGCUGCCGCUGGAGAACUACAUGGCGAUCGACGGCGGCACGGGGAACCUGUGCCUGGCGAUGCUGCCGUCGAACGACGGCUCCCUCAUCGGCAGCUUCCAGCAGCAGAACUUCCGCGUGCUCUACGACCUCGAGAACAGCCUCCUGUCAUUCGUCCCCGCGCCUUGCAGCCUCAUCUAGUCUUAAGCUCUUCUCCCUUACGUCGAUUUGCUUCAAGAUCUCGUAUCAGGGAGGGUUA